ACAACAACAGCUUUGAAAAUCUCUCGUACUUAAAAACUCAUUAUAUCUCCUUGAUAUCGAAAAGAACUCCUCUAAAAUGAGUGAGGGAUACAACUCCUCGCCUAGAAAAACUGAAGCUAUGAAAACCUUUGCAGGGCGYUCCAGCUCUCUACAAGAACAAGAUGCCUCCCCUACUGCAAGUCCAGGAACAAUUCGCAAGAAAAACACGUUUUUUGGAUCACUCAGAUACACCAAGAAAAAGCACAAGAGUAUAGAAAUACUUCGUAGUCAGGAGCUGAUUGCAGAGGAAAAUGAAUCUGGUCUUUUCAUGGACCAAAAGGAAGGUGAUGCAGAGAGGAUAAGACUAUUAAAGUCUGUUAAGGAAGGGAGAAUGAGYAUAGAAGAAGCCAUGCAGCAAGCUGAGGAACUUGGGGUUCAAUCAAGUUAUCAUGAAACUUCCACAGAGGAGACAAUAUUUAAUUUUGGGAUCUAUAAAUACACAAAGAACAGAGCUUCUUGUUCUAGGAGAAUUCUACAGUUUGAUUUUCAAGAAAAAGUUUUGUGUACAAUCCAGAAGGGAAGCCGAGGAAGAAAGUUUGAAUUUUCACAGAUACGAGGUUAUGAUAGCGAGGAUGGAGUUCGUUUUGACAUUUAUUUUGAAGAUUAUCAUGAUUAUGAACUGGAUGCAGACACCGUUGAGGAGAAAAACAAGAUUUGUACUCUAUUGGAAUCUAUUGUGCAGCAAAAUAAAGGUGAUGAACCUGAUGGUAUUUUUGAAGCUCCUGUAUUUGCUGACAAGAAGAUUAUUAAAGAAGGUCAAGUUGAGAAGAAAGGACAUAGUGCGGCAUUCAUGAUGUGGCCGAGGCGCUGGCUACGUGUCCAAAUAGGUGAAUUAUCGUACUUCAAAAUAGGCGAAGAGCAGCAGUCUGCUUUGAAUAUCAUCAAACUUGGUCCUGGACAAGCUGACGUGAAGAAAACAGAACAUAACGGCUUUAUAAUCACAACUAGUAAAAAGGAAUACAGUUUCCGAGUGAUAGCCAAGGACCCUCAGAGUGAAACAGCUGAAAGAAACGAAUGGGUAGAGGCGAUCACAGAAGGUUCACAACCGCUGAUCACAACAACGCAACGUAAAUCACGUGGUUCGUCAAUAUUCCAAGAUCCCGGUAUGUUUGCUGCACAUCUAUUACACCAACCGCGCAGCAACUCUAUUAUGUCUAUUAUAACAAGGCGUUGUUUCCGAGUGAUAGCCAAGGACCCUCAGAGUGAAACAGCUGAAAGAAACGAAUGGGUAGAGGCGAUCACAGAAGGUUCACAACCGCUGAUCACAACAACGCAACGUAAAUCACGUGGUUCGUCAAUAUUCCAAGAUCCCGCUUUUACCAACUCCAUACAAGAACAGGAGAAGUACAUCAAAGAUGURGURAAGACCUUGCAAAGGGAGCUCGAACAGCUCACAUCGGUCCUUUCUGUUGUCAAUGCACCAAUACAAGCAACAAUACAGGUAAAGAAAGUGAAAGAAGUCGUUUCUAAGAUGGAUACUCACGUGAAGACCGGACUCUUGUCGUGGACAAUGCGACAAAUGAAAAACCGYUCUGACUCGUCCACUGACCUCCAAGGAACACMACAAAUAGGUACACUAWCAAGRCAAUCAUCAACUAAAAGCACUAAGAGUCAGGGGGGACCACCAAUCACUCCAAUAGAUGAAGGCUACGAGACGAUAGUGGUACCUCCAGCACGACCGCCUAAAACACCGGACCUUCCUCGACCACCGAAAACSCCUGACGCUCAACAGUAUACCUACGACUCCAUCCCAUCAAGACAACCAGUAGCAGCUACUAUAGAUAACUCGCYAAAAUGCCCAUUAUCGGGACCAACAGCUCCUCAACAUCCUCCCCCUCGGCCACCAUCAGACGAAACCGCCACCCGUAAGGACCGCCAAGUACCUCCAUAUGAAACGGUAAAUAUAACGACGCCUAGCUCCUAUUCUACGUCAGGAUCUCCUAGUAAACAUCAAGAGCCUUCAGCUAUAUAUCAACAACCSACWUCAAACAGAGAAGCCAUUGACARUAGAUUCGAAGCCUAUGAUAACGUUAAUAUUAAAAAUGUACCARUYACCUCUYCCUCGGUACCAAAUUCUAGUGAAGUUGAUGCUGGUAGUACUCACGAAAUUGACGCAGGGGGGAUGGGUUGUCCGAGUCUUGACGCGGCAGUCAAGGAGAGAAAGGAGCUAUAUACGGAAGAAGAUCARAGUGGAGUUAUCUUGUUGAAAGUUACAGAGAAUCAAGGAUCAAAUGAAGAUGUAUCGACCAAAGAACCACCAACACCACCCCUACCACCAGGUGUUGGACCACCUCCCCCACCACCACCCCCGGGAAUAGGAGCUCCUCCGCCACCUCCACCCCUUGGGGGAGGAGGAAUAAUGGCUCUAGACAGUGCUCUUCCAGCGAAAAAGGCUGCAAAACCAAAAACAAAGCUGAGACCUUUUUUCUGGAACAAAGUGCCUUUACAAAUGGUCACCCAAUCGAUGUGGCUAGGAGCAAGCGAUCGCACAAGUCAACUAAACCUGGACUCACUUGAAGAAAUGUUUCAAAUGGAAGAGAAAGAGAAAGAAGUAGCACCARCUCAAGCAAAACCAACCACAAAGAUGUUACUGGACCCUAAGAAAGCGCACAACUUAGGAAUAUUUCUUAGUGGUUUUAAAUUGUCAGCCAAGGAAAUUGACGAGAAGCUCAGCCUGUUUAGGGAAGAGGAGGGAGCUCUGCCUGUCGAUCAUGUCAUUGCACUGAAAAGAUUCCUACCAACGCCUGAGGAGCUGGAGAUGUACAAGAACAUCAAAGAAGAGGACAUGCCAGGCCUUUUACAAGAAGAUAAAUUCAUGAUUAAGCUUUGUCAGAUUCCUGAUUUAGACAAACGUCUUGAUCUUCUACUCGUUGUCAUGGAGUUUCCUUCGCAGUUUGAAGAACUUGCUCCGGCCGUGAGUAACGUACUCGAUGCUUGUCACAAAUUAUACAGCAGCCAGCGUUUCCAGGUUGUUCUUGAGUACGUUUUGGCCAUCGGUAACUAUAUCAAUGGUGGCACGAAUCGUGGUGGGGCGUAUGGUUUUAGAUUAACAACAUUACCCAAGAUGGCAGAUAUUAGAAGCGGUAAAAACAAGAAAAACACACUACUGAAAUAUUUACUAACCGAGCUACAGCGGUGCUGUCCUGAUGCGUUGAUGUUCCUCGAUGAUCUUAAAGCUGUUCCUAAAGCUGCUGACGCUUCUAUCAAAGGUUUGUCUGCUGAGGUCGAAGUGAUGAGAAAGGAUCUUCARAAAAUCAAGAAGCAUAGCAGUGACUUGUUCUUAAAAUACAAACGCACCGAAGCACAAGAUGUCAAGCUUGUUAGGGAUGUUGAUGAAUUUGUAUUAGAAUAUGAAGAAAAGCUUAAAGAUUUAAGCGAAAAGUGUAAAGAAAUGAAGUACAUUUACACUAAAUUGCUGAUGAGGUUUGGAGAAGCAGCAAACACAGACUCCGAAGAACUUUUCACGGCGUUGAGUACAUUUGUCAAUCAAGUCAAAAAGACCCUAAACGAGGCAGAAAGCGGUCCUUCCGACAAGAAACGAAUAAAGCUAGAUAUAUUAAAUAAUGCUAUUGCUGCUCGAAUGGCUAGAUCCCAGUCUCAAGACCAGGAACUGGCAUCGACGUCAACGAGUUCAGAACCUACAGAAAAUGGAACUCCAAACGAUAGCUUAACAGACGUUGUAGACAGUGGACAGGAAAGACGACCAUCAUCGRAUUCUGUUGAAGACGAAGAAGCAAGAAGUUCAGUUUCAGAGCUCAAACCGCAAACYUCACCGUUCCGUACAAAUUCACCAAAAGUCAUACACAAAAAGCUCAGCGUUAAACAUUCUCCUAAGGAAUCCCUUACACUAAGGCCAACAAAGCAAGGUUAUCUAGAUAAACUGAGCGGUGGUAAACAUAAAGCUCCCAAAUGGGACAACAGAUACUUUGAGCUUGCAGAAGGAGGUCACCUCCACUACUACAAGAAAGCAGAAGGAAAAAUUAUCAACACUAUCUAUUUAAGAGGAUGUCCUGUGAUCUUUGAUGAACAGGAUUCUACCGUAAUUCGUAUUAAAACAGACGAUCGUGAAUGGAGUCUAAGGGCUGCAACUAUCGAUGAAGCAAAAGACUGGAAAGAAAGUCUUGACUUCUACGCCAAGAAAACGUCUGUAUCUAUGUAGAUGAACUAGCUAGAAAUUAUCAAUAUUAUACUUGAAUGGGUGCAUCAGUGACAGAAACGCUUAAAAUAACAACUUAGGGUUAUAAUAUUAAUUGCUCAGCUGCUAACUGUGCAAUUACGCUGCCUCGUUUGACAUGUACAGUAUGAAAGUAGGCUGAAAUUACAAUUCGCGAGUUCUUACGUAUACGUUUGUGUUUGCGUCUUWGUCACUAGUGCACUCAUCAGUAAUAAGUACAACCAAUUGGUGCAACCUGUARCUUCAAAAUUAGCCGAACAAAUUAAUUUUGUAUUACCUCCAAUAUAUUUUUAUUUUCCCAAWGACUUGAUACAGGCUCUUUGUGGAAAAGUAAUGAGAAUUUUUUGGAAGUGGUAAUAUACAACAACUGUAGUAGAGGAAGGUGAAUGUUGCUCGCAAUAACCUUAACUUACUCAAUGUGUUUUAAUUGCURCAAAAAGCAACUGUGUUUCAACUUGGUUUAAAUGAAAGAGUUGAUCUGAAUGCGGAGCAACAUUCACCCUCAAACUGAAUCGUGAUGUAAGUGGUGCACAAUUUUGUUACCAGUUUUUUUUGAGCGAAUAAAAUGUGAAUAUAUUCAUUUUCUUGGGUCGAUUGUAUAGUCGUAAUUGUGUAUAUUGUUUAGUUAACUGUGAAUAAAGAAAAGUGAAGUACAUGAAUCA